AUCCUCCUGCUCCUGUAUGUUCAUUUAACUCGUUUAAAUAAAUUAACUUUGUUUUUGCUUUUUUGUAUUUUAAUGCAAAGCAUAGUUUUUAGUUUGCUGGAAGCUGUGAUUUGUUGGGGGUUCUGCUGCCUGUAUGGCAACCGUUAUGCUCGAGAGGAGGACCCCAUGUUGAUUGUCCGUCUAGAAGGUCCCCCAUCAGGUGGUUUUGUCUCCUUUUCGCAGUGAUCAAUGCGUGGGGGAGAUGUCAGAGGUGUAUUAAUUGAGAUCUGCAUUCUGGGUAGUUCUUAUUUGGUUGAGAGUCUUUCAUGUGAGUCUAAAGUUCAUGACUUUUUUGGUUUUGGAAUCUGCUUCUGUGACCCAUGUAUGCUUCAGCUCUGCAUGAGAAUAUGAGGAAUUGGUUCUCCUGAUUUCAUUUUUCUGAUUCUGGGGUUCCUGGUGUUUGUUAGGAGCUUCUCAUAAUCUCAUGUGAGCGGAAAGUUUGUGAAUUUCCUGGCUUUGGGUUAUUUUUCCAUAUGUGUUGGAUUGUUAAUCUUCCUUUCAACAGUAUGCUUAUGAUUUGAAUGAGAAUAUGGUGAAUUCAAUCAUUCUUGCAACAUCUUCCGGCUCUUGCUAAGUUUGGUUGCGGUUUCCCAUCUAUUAUUCAUAUGGCUGGAUGGUUUUGCUUCCUUUGAUUUUUGCUCUUAUGUCCUUAAGAUGUGUUGCUUUCACCGCAUUUUUCUGAUUCUGCUGUUUGCUGUUGUCUGGAAUUUCACUGAUUUGUUCAAAUCAAUGAAAUAAAUAUUUGGUUUUUUC